CAUCUCACAGGACAUGUCUCUCUCUACUGGUGUACAUGGACAUCUCCCAAGACAUGUCUCUCACUACAGGUGUACAUGGACAUCUCCCAAGACAUGUCUCUCUCUACAGGUGUACAUGGACAUCUCCCAAGACAUGUCUCUCUCUACAGGUGUACAUGGACAUCUCUCCCAAGACAUGUCUCUCUCUACAGGUGUACAUGGACAUCUCCCAAGACAUGUCUCUCUCUCUACUGGUGUACAUGGACAUCUCCCAAGACAUGUCUCUCUCUACUGGUGUACAUGGACAUCUCCCAAGACAUGUCUCUCUCUACAGGUGUACAUGGAUGUCUCCCAAGACAUGUCUCUCACUACAGGUGUACAUGGACAUCUCCCAAGACAUGUCUCUCACUACAGGUGUACAUGGACAUCUCCCAAGACAUGUCUCUCUCUACAGGUGUACAUGGACAUCUCCCAAGACAUGUCUCUCUCUACAGGUGUACAUGGACAUCUCCCAAGACAUGUCUCUCUCUACAGGUGUACAUGGACAUCUCCCAAGACAUGUCUCUCUCUACAGGUGUACAUGGACAUCUCCCAAGACAUGUCUCUCUCUACAGGUGUUCAUGGACAUCUCCCAAGACAUAUCUCUCAUUACAGGUGUACAUGGACAUCUCCCAAGACAUGUCUCUCUCUACAGGUGUACAUGGACAUCUCCCAUGACAUGUCUCUCUCUACAGGUGUACAUGGACAUCUCCCAAGACAUGUCUCUCUCUACAGGUGUUCAUGGACAUCUCCCAAGACAUAUCUCUCAUUACAGGUGUACAUGGACAUCUCCCAAGACAUGUCUCUCUCUACAGGUGUACAUGGACAGAGCCUAAGCUACCUUGUGUUUAUAUCUCGUUGUUGUGAUUUGUUCCCUUCAGAAAUCAAUUACUUAUUACACAUGGCACAAUGUACAUACAAUAAGAACAUUCAGGCAAGAAAUAUGGAGCCUGUCAAGAACUGAAAAAAACAUUUUGUCAUGUUUUGCAAAAACAAAGAUAACAUUUUUUCAAUAAAUAGUUUAGCUUGACAAAA